AGGUUGCUGCUCUCAGUGUGACAGAAAAACAGGAUAAAAGUUCAGCUGCUGCCUCAGUCUGCUGUAGGUCAGGGGAGGGUGCUGUGUAUUAUUCUAAAAGUUUACAUACACUGAUGCAAAGACUUUUCUGAAGAUCUUCUUGAAUGUAGUAGCUGAAAAGACCACAUAAAUUACAUAAACACUAUAUACAGUAUAUUCUGUUGUCUGAUGUACUGAUUUCUCAGCUAUCAGAGGACACACAACUUCCAUUAAAAGUGAAAGCUUUUUAGACAUUAGAAAGUUUUCACUUGUUGAAAAGGACAGUUUUAAUCUAUAUGUUCUUUGUGCCUUGAUAACCUAGAUACAUUUCUACUUCAUUGAGCUGACAUACAUAUCGUUGAUUGACAAAUGUGAGGAUGCGCGUUGAUUUAGGUCAUGUGACACUGACCUUUUUCCACCCAUGUCUAUUUUUUGAACAUGUCUUUCUGAACGAUCUGAAAUGUGUUAUUUAUGCAGAAUAUUAUCAGCCACAAUUGUUAGAAACGUGCAGUUUAUGCAACUUACAUGCAGGUUUAUUGUAUGUUUUGUGUCUUCUUAAUGUGUUGAAAUAGAACAUUUUGCUGAAAUAUUUUAAUCCCAUUUACUGUAACUCAAUCUGUUUUUUACCCUCCUUUUUCUCCAUCACUAUCUCUUCUCUUCUUCCAGCUCUGCUGUUGUGCAGACAUGAAGAGCAACAACAGCCUGAAUCCUUUGUAUUUUCAGUUCACUCUGUUUGCAGACUUUGGGCCCCUCAGAUAUCUGUUCUUCAGUCUGUGUCUGUUGCUCUACAUGACUAUUGUCUCUGCUAACAUUGUCAUUAUUCUGACAGUCUGUCUGGAGAAGUCUCUGCAUCAGCCCAUGUAUAUUUUUAUCUGCUGUCUGUCUUUUAACUCUCUGUACGGCUCAGCCGGCUUCUUCCCCAGGUUUCUGACCGACAUUCUGUCUGACACUCAUUUAAUCUCACGUCCAUUAUGUUUCAUUCAGAUAUAUGUUAUUUACACCUAUGCAUCAUGUGAGAUGACUCUCCUCUGCAUCAUGGCCUACGAUAGAUUUGUUGCUAUUUGCCAGCCUUUACAUUAUCACAAUAAAAUGACAUUUCAGAUUGUGAGACACCUUUUGUUUUUUGCCGUGCUCUACCCUGCAUUUGCUAUUGGCUUCUGUCUCUAUCUUACUGUUCGAUUAACGUUGUGUGGCAAUAAACUGAACAGACUUUUCUGUUCCAACUGGCCUGUGGUUCUACUCUCCUGUGUGGACACAACUCUGAACAACAUAGUAGGUCAGUUUUUCACGAUGACAACCGUCUUCAUCCCCCUGUUCUUUGUCCUGUACACCUAUCUACGUAUUCUGCUUGUUUGCAGGAGAAGCUCGUCUGAAUUCAGAGGAAAGGCGUUACAGACCUGCCUGCCUCACAUCGUGACAUUUAUGACCUAUUCUUUCUCUCUCUUCUGUGAGCUGUCAUUGACUCGAUUUGAGGCUGAUAAAAUGAAUCCAAUCAUCACAGUUGUUUUAUCUUUAGAGUAUUUGAUGAUCCCCCCCAUUAAUAACCCUCUAGUUUACGGCCUGAGUCUGCCUCAAAUCAAAAUAGUUAUUGUUAGAUUUUUGAAGAAGGGUCCUGCUGUGAAAGUUUAAGACUCAGCAUUGUGUGAUUGGCAACAAUGAAGCUCUAAGUCACAACAUAUGCUUCU